UUUAUUUUUAAAGUGACCCCUAAUCUUUUCUCUUUAUUCUAACUUCACUCCCCUUUCUUUUAUAAACUCCAUAAUCCACCCUCUUUAUUUUCUCUUUCCUCUGUCACUAUCCGUUAAGGAACCCAAACGGCUCUCUUCAGCUCACUCUCUCUCGAUCAAUCGACGUUUUUUUUACUUCUGAAGAAGCUCUUCUCUCAUCUACGUAUACCGAUAUGAGCCACGGGUGGUUAUGGUUAUGAAUAAUCCCGCAAACAACAACAACAACAACCCAGUUGCAGCGUCUGCGUCAGCCUUAGCUCUAGCUCCGCCGCCACAUCCGCCGCAGCCUCACCGUCCUUCUACUUCUUGUGAUCGUCACCCGGAUGAGCGUUUCACCGGAUUUUGCCCUUCUUGUCUCUUCGACCGUCUCUCUGGUCUAGACAUCACCACCGGAAAGAACAUCUCCAUCGCGUCUUCUUCAAGGAAACCGCCGUCGUCUUCCGCCGCUCUCAAGGCUAUCUUCAGACCCUCUUCCUCCUCCUCUGGUUUGUUGUUUCAGGAACUUCGGAGGACGAAGUCGUUCUCGGCGACAAAGGCCGAAGCUUUAACUUUGGGUGCGUUUGAGCCACAGAGAAGAUCCUGUGAUGUUAGGGUUAGGAACACUCUUUGGUCUCUGUUUCACGAAGACGUCGAGCAUAAUGAUUCUCAAACCAAAGAGGGUUUAAGUGAGAUUAAUCUCGAAAACAUCAAUUCCGUAAUAAAGUCGCCUCUUUUCGAGGACGAAACUGAAAUUGAAAUAGUUAAGGACAUUACUUGUGGGAAUCUGAAGGAACCCAGAAGCGUAAUCGACGAAAUCGUCGAAGAAGAAGAAGAAGAAGAAGAAAUUGAAGAAGAGGAGAUUGAGAAAGUGAAGGACUUUGAAAUGGAGUUUAAUCCUCAGACGACGAAGAAGCCAAACAGAGAUUUCAAAGAGAUUGCUGGGAGUUUCUGGUCAGCGGCGUCAGUGUUCAGCAAGAAACUGCAGAAAUGGCGACAAAGGCAGAAGCUUAAGAAGCAUAGAACCGGCAAUCUCGGUGCCGGAUCCGCCGCGUUACCGGUGGAGAAGUCAAUUGGGAGGCAGCUUAGAGAUACUCAGUCUGAAAUCGCUGAGUAUGGUUACGGGAGAAGAUCGUGUGAUACAGAUCCAAGGUUCUCAAUUGACGCCGGAAGAUUCUCGCUUGACGCCGGUAGGGUUUCGGUGGACGACCCUCGUUACUCGUUUGAUGAGCCACGUGCUUCUUGGGAUGGAUAUUUCAUCGGAAGAACGGGUGCUCCGCCGCGAAUGACUUCGAUGUUGUCUGUAGUUGAAGAUUCUCCGGUGAGGAAUCAUGUUCUCCGGUCAGAUACGCACAUCCCGGUGGAAAAGCCACCGCCUUCUCCAUCACUAGUACCAGGACAUGUAGUGGAUGAGAUUGUUCCUGGUGGAUCUGCACAGACCCGAGAGUACUACUUCGACUCAUCUUCACGACGGAGGAAGAGUCUUGAUCGUUGUAGCUCCACCAGGAAGUUAUCAGCCUCUGUUGUGGCUGAAAUAGAUGAAAUGAAACUGUCUGCUUCAAACGCCAAAGACUCGAUUUCACAUUCACUGAGAGACGAUUGCUCUGUUGAGAACUCUGAGAUGGGUGUCCGAGAAAAUGUAGGGACUAUGGAAUGCAACAAGAAGGGGACAAAGAAAUCUCGAUGGAGUUGGAACAUAUUCGGGCUGCUUCAUCGGAAAAAUGGGAACAAAUUCGAAGAACAAGAAGGAAGAAGUGGUGUGGAUAGAACGUUUUCAGGGUCGUGGAAUGUAGAAACGAGAAAAGGGUUUGAUCCGAAGAUGAUUAGGAGCAAUAGUAGUGUGAGUUGGAGAAGUUCCGGUACCAAUGGAGGAGGGUUUCAAAGGAAUAGUGUGGACGGAUAUGCUAGUGGGAAGAAGAAGGUUAGUAAGAUUGAGAAUGAAAUGUUCAAGUUUUACUUGACGCAGAGUAAAGGAAGGCGGCGAGGAAGCAGCAAUUCAACAGCAUCGACGAACCGACCUGUUCCGGCUUCUCAACCAUUUGGUAGUAGAAAUGUUAUGAACUUUUACUGACAGCAUUGUAAUGGACUCGAGUCAUUUUUUAGAUGUAGUUGGGAAUAAGUGUGGCGAAGUUGUAUUUGACAAAACAUGUUCAAAGAUUUUCAGUUUUCUUCAGUCUGAUACGUGUGUUGGGAUACAUAUAGUUGCUCAAUCAUCUUGGUAAUGGAUGUAUACAGAAGUUUCAGUUAAUAGUAUAAUAUGAUUGGAGUUUCAUGU